CACCGUCACUCGACCGGCUUGUGCCCCGUUAUCGGUCCCGAUUCCCGCGCCUACUGCCCUCCUCAAAAAGGCGAUAGCCGCUCGCCAUGCCCCGCCCUCAACACCCUCGCCAACCACGGCUACCUCCCCCGCGAUGGCAAGUGCAUCACGCCCCAAGUCCUCAUGCACGCCCUCGAGAAAGGCUACAAUCUCUCCGGCCCGCUUGCCUGGGUCCUCGUCCGGGGUGGCUUCUACCUCCUCGGCCAGCGCCGCGAGCGCAUCUGCCUCCGCGAUCUCGCGCGACACAAUUGCAUCGAGCACAACGCGUCGCUCAUCCACCGUGACGCCCACGAGCGCGACGAGUACGCGCCGAUCCGCAAUCACCUCGAGAUGAUGGAUCUUCUCCUCUCGCACUCAAAGGAUGGCGUCCUCAUGACCACGGACGACGUCGCGCGCGCACGAGUUCAUCGAGAGCUUGAGUAUGAGAACGCGAUGGACAGACUGCACGCAGAGAUCGCGCGGGGCGAGAUGGCCAUCGUGAAGCGCGUUCUCGGUAUCAAGCCGAAACCACAGACCGCGCCCCUCCCAGGCGUGCCCAACGACAUCCUCCGCACCUGGAUGCUCGAAGAGCGUCUCCCGGAUGACUGGCGGCCAUACCACAAGACCGGGCUUCUUCAUGUCAUCCGGACGUCCAACCACCUGCGUCACUCGAUGGAGACAACUGAGAAGGAGCUCGACGUCAACGAGAUCCGCAGGGAGAAUACGCUCAGG